UUCUUCCGCGUGCGGUGCAGUCCAGUCGGUGCUAGUGGAAGCGGAGCUGAUAUCAUCAUCAUGGCAACAGUAGGAGACUCUAGCGCCGCGAUGGACGUCGCCCCCGGACACAGAGAAUGCGGAAAAGAGCCUCUCGAUGCUAAGGAGGUUCCAGAAGCCAAGAAGAUGAAGACGGCAGCGGCGGUUACCACGACGACAGCACAGGGAUCACCUGACCCGGGGUCGGAGCUAACCAGUCGAGAUUACUACUUUGAUUCUUACUCUCAUUUCGGCAUCCAUGAAGAAAUGCUGAAAGACCAGGUCCGAACGCUCACCUAUCGAAACGCCAUGUACCACAACAAGCACCUGUUUCGAGGUCGGACGGUGCUGGACGUCGGAUGUGGUACCGGAAUACUCAGUAUGUUCGCUGUGAAGGCUGGAGCAAAGCACGUGUAUGCUGUCGAUUGCUCGUCAAUUAUUGAUCAUGCCAAGGCCAUCGUCAAGGACAACGGAUUAUCAGAGCAAAUCACCCUCAUAAAGGGCAAAGUCGAGGAAAUCGAUUUACCCGUCGACUCGGUUGACGUAAUAGUGUCGGAAUGGAUGGGAUACUGUUUGUUCUACGAGUCAAUGUUGGACACUGUCAUUCACGCCAGAGACAAAUGGCUGAAACCGGGUGGUCUUCUGUUCCCGGACAAGGCCUGUCUCUACCUGACGGCCAUCGAGGACCGAAAGUACAAAGACGAGAAGAUAUUCUGGUGGGACAGCGUGUACGGAUUCAACAUGAGCAGUAUACGAGACGUCGCCGUGAAGGAGCCGCUAGUCGACGUGGUUGAACCGCAGCAAAUCAUCACCGACUCUUGUCUCAUCAAGGAGGUCGAUCUGUACACGGUUCAAAUAUCAGACCUGACGUUCAGUGUCCCGUACUGUCUAACGGCCAAGAAGAACGACUAUAUCGACGCUCUGGUGGCAUUCUUCACCGUCGAAUUUACCAAAUGUCACAAACGAACUGGCAUUACUACCUCCCCAGAGGCUCGCUACACUCACUGGAAACAGACAGUGUUCUACGUUGAGGAUUGUCUGACCGUCAAAGUCGGAGAGCAACUGACGGGGCUCUUUGCGGUUUCUCCCAACACCCGAAACAAGCGAGAUCUCGAUUUCCACAUUACCUUCAAUUUCGACGGGGAACUAAUGAAGAUCAAUCUAAAGCAAAUGUACUUCAUGCGCUAACAGCUAUUGACCCCGUAAUAAGUCCCGUACUAUUUACAUAGUGGAAUUAUGGUUUUUAUUGAAUCUUAUUAUUUCACUUACUAUUUCCUCACUAUUAUUAUAAUUAUAUCCCAUUGUACCCAAACCCUCUGCCUAUAAAAGCUAUUAUCAUGCCCGACAUUUAUUGUGUAUAUACAAAUUCCUGUAAAGAUUAAAAUUUGCGCUUCGUGCUAGAGAUCUAGGUAUACGUACACAUCGUCUAAUGCCGAUGAUGUCAUUUCCUCAAAUUCCGAUGACAUCACUUCCUCCUCACGUGCAAUUGUCAAUUCCAUCCACUCGUUUGCCACCUCGAAAAACGCUUCGUCCUCAUCGCAAUUUCCGUCCA